GUAAAAUGCGAUGUCUUUCUGCCUCUGGUUCCCAUCCAUCUUUGAUCACUCAUUACCACCAUUAUUCACUCACAUAAUACAAAUUUUGGAAAAUGGGAGCUGCGUCUACUCCACCGAGGAAUUUCACGGGAGGUGACACCCAGGGAUUGGAACCUGCCACUGGGACAAGAUUGGAUCCCAUCGAUUUGCAGGCGGACGAAGCGGAUGGAGACGAUGACUCUGCGCUUGGCAGUGACGCUGCGAGCUCAACGGCAUCAAUUAGCUCGAGCAUUCUCCAGUAUCGGGAAGUUCAAGGGCGCACCUAUCACAGCGAAAAGUUCGCUACCCAAUACUUUGCACCGAACGAUGAGCAGCAGAGUGAAUCUGUCGACAUCACCCAUCACUACCUUACACUACUUCUCAAUGGAAAGCUCUUCCUGGCGCCUUUGAAGCCAGAUAUUAAGAAAGUCUUGGAUGUAGGCACGGGAACUGGUAUCUGGGCAAUCGAUUUUGCCGACGAGUUCCCCAGUGCCGAGGUCAUUGGCACAGACUUGUCGCCCAUUCAGCCGAGCUGGGUUCCACCAAAUGUCAAAUUUGAGCUCGAGGAUGCAGCAGAGACUUGGACUUGGCCAGAGAAUUCUUUCGACUUCGUUCACAUGCGCUAUCUCUUUGGCGCCAUUGCCGACUGGAACGCGUUGUUCCGGGAAGCGUUCCGCUCCUGCAAGCCAGGCGGCUACAUCCAAUCCUGCGAAAUUGAUCCCUCGUUUUACAGCGAUGACGGGACAAUCGACAACGAUGAAGCAAUUCAGAUGAUGAACAAGCUGGUGCUAGAAGGAGGGAAAAGGAUGGGCCGUAGCUUUCAUGUCGUCAAGGAUGGUUUGCAAUUGAAAGCAGCUGAAGCGGCAGGCUUCGUUGACAUAGAGCAAGUGAACUUCAAGGUUCCUGUGGGUGGGUGGACUAAGGACGCCAAGCUUAGUGAAACUGGACAGUUUCUCAAGUCAACACUGGAAAAUGAUCUUGAAGGGUACACCUUGAUUCUGUGGCAUGACAUUAUGGGCUGGCCCAAGGACGAAUACCAAGUUUGCCUAAUGAACAUGCGCAAAGCCUUGAAUAACAAGUGUUACCAUGCAUACCUAAACCUGUGCUACGUUUAUGCCCGUAAGCCGGACUCGGAGAACACAAAGGAGGAAUAGAGCGACUCUAGUAUGAGUUGUCGCUGCCAUCACUCGUAGUUCAAUUUUAUUAACAUCCCACAUCUUCACAUCGCCUGAUAACAAGAAGUGCGAGGGAGUAGCCUAGCACC